UUUAAAUUACUGACUUUUUACCAUGAAAGUUGUUUAUUGGUUUAAAAUUAACCCAUUAUAAAUCCUAAGUUUAAAGUAAGUUUUUAAAUAACUACUAUAAGUACGUAUAAGUUUUUAAUCAACUCGUUAUUUACCUUUUAACAACCCUGGUAAUUUUUCAACUAAGUUCCAACCCAAUUUCAACUAACCAACAACUCUCUACACAUACACAUUCACCAUACUCGAGCGUCGCGCGUCGCCUAUCAUAUUUUUGUCUCUCAUUUUUCUCAGAUCUCUCAGUAUUCUUUUGUGGCUGGUGGUGACAAGUUAUUGUGCGCGAAAGUUAUUGUGAAAAAAUAUAAAUUAAAUUUAAAAAAAUAUCUAUCUGUGAAAAAUUAUUAAGAGUACAUUGUUAAUCAAAAUGUAUUGUGUUGUGGAGACGCUCGAAGAUGAAGGGAAGUUCGUGACGGCAGUUCCCAAAAAUUGGGUCAUCGAUGGAACGAAGCUAUUAUGGCCAAAGUCGGAAAAAUUGCAACACAGCAUCGGAUGAUUGGCAAAGCAUAGCAUGCAAAUUAAUAUUUGAUGACAUCGGUUCCUGGGAGGAAGCAGUUCAGAAGGAAAAGGAUGCCGAGUAUUUGUCUUCUUCUGAAGAAAAUACGGAAGAAGAGACCAUCGACACCAAUUCUUCGGAAUACAUGACAGAUCUGAACAAAUUGAUGUCAACUUUGAUUCCUAAUUCUGACGUUUCCCCGUUCACCCCCCCAAAUGAAGAUGUUACCAUCACUAAUGUCAUUUCCGAGUUAUACACGCAUGAAGGCCCCAGCACCAGUACCCAAUUCAAGGAACUGUCGUCCAAAAUAGACGAAAUUUUGGAAAGACAGCGUUCCACUGAGGUGAAGGUGCAGGCCAUGCAAGGAAUGCUGGAGGCAUUCAUGGCGAAGUCCGAAGUUUCGGUCAAUUUGUUGGCGUCCAAAAUUGGAAAAGACAAUGCAGAGGAAGUGGAUGAGGAACUGCAACUUGAUGAAAUUUUCCCACUUACCUCUGUCCAAAAAAUUGAGGAAAUGGAGGAAAAACUCCAUCAAAAUGGAUUGUUAAAAAAAAAAUUGGUCCGUAAGUUGGGCUCAUAUGGGGGGGUCAACGGAACGAAAACGAUCCCCACUAUAUGCAAGUGCAUUUUUACAGAUGCACUACUGGCGGAACAUUCUUGGCUGGGCACAAACGCCAAAAGCUUCAGCCAAUACAAGUUUUUAUAUAAAACUAUAAUGGAAGCGGUCCGAACAAGGUUCCCCACUUACAGUGAAGCCGAGGGUGCUUCAUUUUUCAAAGCUUUUUUAAAGCAAGCCCCAUUUCGAAUGGGAAAACCGUCCACGUAAGUUAAAAAAAAAUUAUAAUCAACAUUUAAGUUAACAUUUUUCUCUUUACAGUUCCAACACCAGCUCCUCUGCCUCUGACGGGCAAUCCACGACAUAGGUUGUUUCAUUUUUAGUUUUAUUU